GGCGGGGUGGCGCGGGGCGCGGCGGGCGCGGGCCGGGGCGGCGGCGGCGGCGGCGCGAUGGAGCUGGGGGCGGGAGCGGGGUCGGGCGCGGGCCCCGGCGCGCGGGGCGGCGCGGAGUCGGGCCGUGUCCUGCUGCUGCUGAUGGGCGGCGGCGGCGCGGGCCGGGCGCGGCGGGGCGGCGCGGAGACAGAGGUGGCGCCGGGUCCCGGUCCCGGUGCCGGCCCGGGGGGCCCCGAGCCGCGCUCCCCGCCCGCCCCCGACUACGAGGCGCUGCCCCAGGGCGCCGCCGUGUCCACGCACAUGUUGGCGGGCGCCGUGGCGGGCGUCAUGGAGCACUGCGUGAUGUACCCCAUCGACUGCGUCAAGACGCGGAUGCAGAGCCUGCAGCCGGAGCCCGCCGCUCGCUACCGGAACGUGCUGGAGGCCUUGUGGCGCAUCGCCCGCACCGAGGGCGUCUGGCGGCCCAUGCGGGGCCUGAACAUCACCGCCACCGGCGCCGGGCCGGCGCACGCCCUCUACUUUGCCUGCUACGAAAAGUUAAAAAAGACGCUGAGCGACGUUAUCCACGCGGGGGGCAAUAGCCAUGUGGCCAACGGUGCAGCCGGGUGUGUAGCAACGUUGCUCCACGAUGCAGCCAUGAACCCUGCUGAAGUGGUGAAGCAGAGGAUGCAGAUGUACAACUCACCUUACCAGCGUGUGAUGGACUGUGUACGGGCUGUGUGGCGCAACGAAGGGGCCGGAGCUUUCUACCGCAGCUACACCACCCAGCUCACCAUGAACAUCCCCUUCCAAGCCAUUCACUUCAUGACCUACGAGUUCUUGCAAGAGCAGCUCAACCCCCACAGACAGUACAACCCAGGCUCCCACGUGGUCUCUGGAGCCUGCGCGGGGGCUGUUGCUGCUGCCGCCACUACGCCUUUGGACGUUUGCAAAACGCUGCUCAACACCCAGGAGUCCCUGGCCUUGAGCUCCAACAUCAGUGGACACAUCACAGGCAUGGCUAAUGCCUUCAGGACGGUGUACCAGGUGGGCGGUGUGACCGCCUACUUCAGAGGGGUCCAGGCCAGAGUCAUUUUUCAGAUGCCCUCAACGGCGAUUGCCUGGUCCGUGUACGAGUUCUUCAAAUACAUCCUUACCAAGCGCCAGGAGGAGCGCCGGGCUGGGAAGUGAUCCCGAGCCAAAUGCCGUUCUAGACCUGCCUCACAUCCCCUCCUGGUUUGUCUUGUGUCCCCUCUCCCUUUUGGUUUGGUUUGUGUUGAAGAGAGGGGGCAGCGAAGCCCUUUGGGGUUUAGCGAUGCCAUUUUUUUCCUGUGGCUGUUGCAGCUCUGCUCAGGCUGCACAGCUUUCUCUCUCCUGGGAUCCUCCGAGAUGUCCCGCUGGGAGCCUCAGCCCAGGUCACAUCCCCUGGCACUUUGGUGGAGCAGUGCUCCUGACUUCCUUUAACCACAACAUCUCACGCAAAACUCACCCCUGCUCAGAGGGGAAGGUGAAUGUCCUGGCCUGCCCCCGGCUGGGCCAAGCUGAGCUCGCAGUUGCCAAGGAGGGGGUGACAGCAGGAUGCUGGGGGCUUUGUCUGGCGUUUGGCUGAAGCAAAGUGUAAGUCUUGGCCGUUGUCUCGUAGCACGCACACGUGAUGCUGACUGCCCCGUGCUGGUGGUGGUUUUGGGCAAGGGGAGGAUGGCACUUGAGGAGGGAGCCUGUAGGUUUGUUCUUGUUCCUGCUCUUGACACCUCCAAUAAAAACAGUUCUGCUCUA